AUGCCACACUCGCUCUCUCCCAAUUCAAGCGACGCUUCUGCUGUCAAGGACGAACAACCAGACGGCGAACCAGGAAUUCCCGCCAGCGCUGCUCCAGCAGAGACAGCCGCAACAAUGGCAGAUGGCGACAUCGACAUUGAUAUGAACGAGGCAGAGGCACCGCCCGCAGGCCAAGCAGAGGUAGCAAAAAAGGAGGUCAAAUUGGACGAACUAUUCGCAGAUGACGACUCCGACGACGAGUUUCCGAGCUCGGCGCCCGUUAAGCGUGAAGGCGUCAGCUCACCCGUUCGGGCAGCUUCACCCUCAAAUAUCCCGGCCUCGGAUCCAGAGGUCAUGCGCAGUUUCUACCAGCGACUCUUCCCCUGGCGACAGCUUUUCCAGUGGUUGAACCACAGCCCAAUGCCCACGAAUGACUUUGGCAAUCGCGAGUUUGCUUUUACUCUGCAAAAUGACGCAUAUCUGCGGUACCAGUCUUUUGCAACGGCAGACCUAUUACGGAAGGACGUCCUCCGCCUCAUGCCCUCCCGUUUCGAAAUCGGCCCCGUCUAUUCAACAAACCCUCGAGAUCGAAAGACUCUGCGCAACUCGUCGGCCUUCAAGCCCUUGUCAAAGGAGCUCUGCUUCGAUAUCGAUUUGACUGAUUACGACGACAUCCGAACAUGCUGCGACAAGGCCACCAUUUGCAACAAGUGCUGGCAAUUCAUGACCAUGGCCAUCAAGGUUGUCGAUGUGGCUCUGAGAGACGACUUUGGCUUCAGCCACAUCAUGUGGGUGUACUCUGGACGAAGAGGUGCCCACGCUUGGGUGUGCGACAAGAAGGCUAGGUCGAUGGAUGACCAGAAGCGCAGGGCCAUAGCAAACUACCUGGAAGUAAUCAAGGGUGGUUCGCAGAGUGGCAAAAAGGUCAAUGUCAAGAGGCCGUUGCACCCACAUCUCAGUCGGAGUCUCGACAUUCUCAAGACGCACUUCCAAGAAGAUGUACUGGCUGAGCAGGAUCCUUGGGCAACGGAUGAACAGGCUCAGAAGCUAUUGCAACUCCUCCCCGACAGAACCCUAAACGAUUCACUACGCCGCAAAUGGGAAGCCGCUCCAGGACGAUCAUCAAUUUCAAAAUGGGCUGACAUUGAUGCCGUGGCCAAGACUGGCGCAAGCAAGCACUUGGAUGCUAAAGCAUUACUAGAAGCUAAGCAGGAUAUUGUACUCGAGUAUACCUAUCCUCGCCUCGAUAUCGAAGUCAGCAAGAAGCUUAACCAUUUGCUCAAAAGCCCCUUUGUUGUGCAUCCAGGCACGGGACGGGUCUGUGUGCCCAUUGAUACCAAAGCUCUAGAGGACUUUGAUCCUCUUGGCGUACCUACAGUACAAAGCUUGCUUGCGGAAAUUGAUUCUUGGAAGGGUGGAGAGGACGGCGAUGAAGAUGACAAGUCGAAAGCUACUAUUGCGGACUGGGAAAAGACUAGCCUCAAGCCGUAUGUUGAGCAGUUUAGAUCAUUUGUGUCGGCUCUCAUCAAGGAUGAAGGGGUUGCAAAAGUAAAGCGUGAGCGAGAAGAUGAUUCAAUGGAUUUUUAG